GAAGGGUGUUACCAUAAUUUACUUACCUCAGUUACAUAACAUAGAAAAUUCACUUCAAGUACUAGGGUGACAAAAUAAUCAAAAACCUAACCAAAAUAUUCCAGAAUUAAUAACCAUAUGACUGGACAUCUCAAUUUUAUUCUCAAUAUAACUAAACAUUUAAACCCCUUAUUGUUGCCAGCCAUUAAUCCCAUAAAUAAAUCUUAUUUAUUUAUUUAUUUAUCUUUAUUUUUCUUCUAUCCGAAAUUUGAGCACAAAAAUCAGAUUAUGCAUUUAUAUAUAUGUACAUAACACACAUAUACAAAAUUCUCCAAAUUCAUGGACAACAUGGAGGAACCGGCUUUGGCAAAACAAUAGCUAAUUUUACGAGAUUUUUUUCUAACACCUCACAGCAGCCAAUUAAUACCCAAUCACGUAAAUUCUACAUGAAUUAAGCUUAAAUUUGUUCUAAUUGCUAUCGGAAUUCAUCCUCUAUUUCAUCAAAAAUUCGGACAGCACAGGGGCGGCAGUUAAUGGAUAAACUCAGCAACUAAUGGGUAAUUUUGGGACUUAGAGGGAACUAUCACAUACCAGAAAUUCAGCAAGUAGAAUCAGAGCUGGCGGGUUGGGGAAACCGGCGGGAAGUGAAGGAGAACUUAGGGGAUCUACCAGAAAUUGGGAGAAGCCAAAAAAAAUUAGAGUAAAUCCAAGCCAAAUCAAGGGAGAAAAGAGGAAUCAGUGGCUGUUUUCUUACCAGAAACCUGAAGAAUUCACACCCACAAACCAAGAGCUACGAACAGAGGGGAAGGAACAAAGCAGAUUUAAAAUUUUCUGUAGGGGGGAAGAUUUCUAAGUUCUAAAUCUUGUUCUUGAACAAGAAAAUAAAGGGAAAGAAUCAAGCUUUUACCGUUUCUCAAGAGGGUGGGUGUGUCGGUGGUUUGGCUUCUUGUUCGACUGCAAGGGAGAAGAAGAAGAGCAGAAAUGCGUUGUUGAGGAAGAAAGAAAGAAGAAAAAAAUUUCAGCCGAUCCUUAUCCAAAUUCUUUUCUCUUUUAAGUCCCUCAAAUUUGAAAAUUUUAUGAUUAGGCUUAACAACAUUAUUUUCUCACAUUGUUCUAGAAAUUUUUGGGGUAUUACAUUUAGUCUCCCAAGGCGCUUCAAUAUCAAAAAAUUGUGGAGUCCUUUUUUGUCUUUUAACAACCCAUCAAAGUUGAAUGCCUCAUAUACCCAUCAUUUUUUCUCUUAAUUGAUGCCUUUUUUAGUCAUUA